AUGGAUCCAUUAGAAGAAUUAAAUAAAGCAUCACGUAGUGUUAGAGUUUCAAUUUAUAACACUACAAAUAAGAAAUUAGUAUUAAAAUCUCACCCAAUCACAUCUGGAUCAUGGAGAGUACAACCACCUGAAACUAUUUUACCAUUAAGUACAGUUGAAUUUGGAUCAGAAUCAAGUAUGAUGGGUAGUACAGAAGCAGGAUCAAUUUAUACAAUUGAUGGUAGUGAAGGAACAUUUGAAUUCUUUUGGAAUAAUCCAUAUUUUGGUAGAAAAGGAUUUAGAAAGAUUGCACCAUCAGGUUAUGAAUCAGAGUAUACCAAUAGUGAUACACAUAAUUGUGUAUUGAAAUUCACAGUGAAGGAAUUGGAUAAUGGUAUGAAGGAGAUUGAAGAUAUGGAAAAGGAGAUUAGAGAUUUACAAACCUAUAUCAAUGAGGCAGAUAGCGGUGUCAAGGGUAUGACUAAGAUGUCACAAGUUUAUCAAAUGCAAAAAGACGAUAAACAAGUGAAACUCGUUGAAAACAAUAUCAAGGAGAAGACCAAACAUUUGGAGGAGAUGAAACAAAGAAAACAGCAAUUGGAGUCCAACGUCACCAAAUUGAGAUCACUAGACACCGACCCAAAAGCAAUGGAGCAGCAAUUGACAAAGAUCAGAGAAUCCAUUGAAUCUUUAGUUAAGCAAAGAAAGGGUAUGGAGCAUAUGAGAGAGGUUUACGAGCGUUCGAAAGAUCUCAAGGCAAUGGAGGCAUUGGAUAAACAAGUUGAAACUAAAAAGAAUGAAAUCGAUUCAUUGAGAAAGAAAGAACAAAAAGUCAUUCAAAAAGUGAUCGAAUUGAAAAAGAGCUUAGGUCUUGGUGCAACUGGUAUUCAAACUAAAAAGAAAGUAGUGGCCUUAUUCGAUUAUACAAAGAGUACAAACGAUGAAUUGUCAAUCGUUGCUGGUGACAUCAUUGAUAUCAUUCAUGAUGAAGAUCCUGAUUGGUAUGGUGGUCAGUUAAAUGGUCAAAUGGGUUACUUUCCAAAAGCUUUUGUUGGUCCAUAUGAGCAACAACAAACUUCAACUUCAACUUCUGCAUCCACCUCUUCUGCCACUGAUAACAAUGGUGAUAGUGUAAAUCAACCAUCAUCAACUGACAAUGCUGAUGAAUACACUGGUGAAGAUUUUAGUCAUCUUUAUCCAAAGGCAAGAGUUGUUUAUGAUCAUAUUCCACAAGAUGAUGGUGAAAUCGAAUUGAAAACAGGUGAAAUUAUAACUGUUUACUCAUGGGAAAGUGAUUAUUGGUGGGAAGGUGUAAAUAAUGGUAAAACUGGUUAUUUCCCAAAUACUUGCGUUGAUUGGGUUGAACCUGAAGCAAGUGUUACAGAUUAUAGUGAUUAUUCAUAUUAUGAAUCAACUGAUUCUACAAUUGAUGAUCAACAACAACAACAACAACAACAACAACAACAACAACCACAACAACCUCAAGCAACUACAAAUACAACUACACCAACUAAAACAACCCCAGUUACACCAACACCAACACCAACCCCAGUUACACCAACACCAACUCCAACACCAACACAAACUAUUCAACCACCACCAACAGCAUUUAUAGCACCAAAUCUUAAAGCAAAUACCACUACAACACCACAUACACCAUUAAAAAGAGAUUUACCAACUGCACCAUCUCCAUCACCAAAAUCUACAAUUGCACCAGUCAUUAAACCAGUAGCACCAACUCCAACACCAACACCAACUCCUGUAACACCAACCCCUGUAACACCAACCCCUACUCCAGUUGUUAAACCAGCUGAACCAUCAACCCCAACUCCAACCCCAACUCCAACCCCAACUCCAACACCAACUCCAACCACUGCAUUUACACCAGCAGUACCAUCAAAACCAGUUACAUCAUCAGCAUCAAUUGUAUCAUCAUCAGCAUCAACUCAAUUCGAUAAAAUUCUUCAACCACUCAUUACUGAUUUCACAAAGAAAUUGGUUGAAGCUCAUCAAAAAGAAACUGCAUUAUUAAAUCAAAAGAUUAGUGCACUCGAAAAAGAAUUAAGAGAAUUAAAAGAAUCUAAUGGUGGUAGUACUAAUAUUAGAUCAUCUGUUACUUCAACUGCAACUGUAGUUUCAAAAGCAAGUCCAGCUGUUAGAAAAUAUUAA